AUGAUAAGAUAAGGGUAAAAAACUCUCAAUAAUAUUACAAAAUUUAGAAGUUUUUCGUAGCUUCCUUAAUAUAACUUCAAUGUGCAAUCUAAAAAAGAAGAUUUAAGCCUACUUGAAAAAAUGGAUCCAAGAAAAAACAAAGAUUUAGCAACAAAAUUAAGGAUAUUGCAAUAUAUUAAGCCAUACAUAAUCCCAUUUUAUCAUCAAGAUAAGGAAAUAAAUAAAACAAUUCUGAAGUCUUAUGGUUAUAUGUUUUUAUCAAAAUCUUUCUUCUACGCUGGUCCUAUAAGUUUAAAGUAUGCAAUCAACUACCUAGCUUCCGCUUCUCUUAUUUCGUAAGCCCCUAUGUUUAUUUUAGGAUAUGGAUUGUGUUAUUCUGCUUAUGUGUUUUUUGAAGGGUAGAGAAAUAAAAUUUUGGCUAAUAUCAGUUAAAACGCUUUAAGAGAAAUUUCUUAGUAAACUUACGAACAUUUGCUGAAGCUUGAUCCUUCUUUUCAUUUUGGAGAAUCAUAAAGAUAAACUAUUUUUGAUAUUACUAAGGCUCAAAAGGCAAUAGAGUCUAAUCUUAAAAGUGUUUCUUCUUUCUUCAUUCCUUUUAUUUCUGAUGUAGUGUUAUCAUCAGUAUUUUUGCUUUACCAUUGUGGACCUUUUGUUUUCUUAUCCUUUUUAAUGACAUAUGGAGGAUAUAUCUGGUUUACUUUUGAUUUAACUAACUCUAGAAGAAAAGGUAUGGGAUUACAAAAAAAAUAUGAAAGAUUGGCAGAUUUCACAUUAAGCGAAACAUUAUCCAAUUAUUAUAAUGUUAAGUAUUACAGUGCUGAAAAGUUUGAAAUAAACAGAUAUACAUCAAUUCUAGAAAAUUACAAAAAUUAAACUAUUGAAAAUCAAAGAACACUAGCCUAGCUUAAUAGUGGAUAGAGAUUUGUCUUCUCAAUUGGUUUAACAUCAAAUAUGAUAUAUGGCGCUUAUAAAGUAUAGAAAGGUUUAAUGACUGCUGGUGAUAUUGUCUUAAUGCAAUCUUUGAUGAUGCAGGUUCUUUAACCUUUGUUUUUCUUGGGAGUUUAGUGGAGAGAAUGGACAAACUCUGCUCUUGAUAUUCAAAGACUGUUUAAAAUAAUGGAUACAAAACCUAAAAUUUAAGAUUCUCCUAAUGCAGUAGAUUUUGUUUACAAGGGUGGUGAAAUUGAGUUCUCAAAUAUUAAGUUUGGCUAUUCAAAUGAUAAGGUUAUUAUAGAUAAUAUGAAUGUUACAUUUGGAAAGGGCAAAUGGAUAUCUCUUGUUGGAGAAUCAGGGUUAGGAAAAACAACAAUGUUUAACUUAAUAUUUAGACUAUACGAUCCUCAACAAGGAAGUGUCCUAAUUGAUGGUUAAGAUAUUAAAAAUCUAAAGAUGGAAAGCUUUAGAUCAAAAAUUUGUGUGGUCUCUCAAAACCCUUAUCUAUUUAAUGACACUGUUAUGUCAAAUUUACUUUAUGGAAGUAAAAAUAAGAAACAAGAAGAUGUUAUAGAAGUAUGCAAAAAGCUCAAUCUCCACGAUUUGUUCAUGAGUUUACCUCAAGGCUAUUAGACUUUAGUUGGUGAACAAGGUAAUAAAUUUUCAGGUGGUGAAAAGCAAAGAAUAUCUAUUGCAAGAUGCCUUCUAAACGAUGCUUAAAUUAUUCUUUUAGAUGAACCUACAAGCAGUUUAGAUAGUAUAAAUGAAGAUAGAGUUAUGAAAGCUAUUGAAUAAUUACGUAAAGAUAAAACAAUCAUUAUGAUUACUCACAGAUUGCAUUUAAAUUCAUAUACUAAUGAAGUCAUUUACUUGACCAAAGACGGUUAUAAAGAAUAAGGUAAGCACUCUCACCUAAUUUAAGAAAAAAAUACUAGAUAUUCUAAAUUUUGGGAUAAUUUCGUAGUACUCGAUCAUUCCGAUACCAAUAGUGUCAAAGUUGACCAAUCUGAAAACUCUUUGAAUGAAAAACCUUAAAAAAAAUAAAAUGGUUAAAAAGAGGAAGAAGAAGAAAAAAUGGAAUGA